AUGGAGGCAAUAUGCGGCCCGGCUCGUAUCAAGGUAUUGGUAGUGCCAGGAACCGAUAAUUGGUUACGAGGCAAGUAUAUUAGCUUUGUUGAUCAACUAAGAGCUACUCCAGAUGUGAAGCUUGUUGAUAUUACGCCCAUAGAGGACCCCCAUUUCAAUCCACAGGGGUUUCCACAGGGCAAUUUAUUAUUCGAUAUACAAACUGAGAUUCAAGAUGAGGGUUCUAUGAUGUUUUUGCAUGAUUUUGAACCUUAUAGGAAGACUUUCGUCGUGAUUGGAUUGUGUGAAGGAUCUCCAAAUGAACAGGAUGCUAAAUCUACUUUAGAGAAAUUGGAAGCAGAAUAUCCAAGCUUCAUUAGUCACUGUCUGAUUUAUGAAGGAGAAAACUCUGAGGGUAAGAAAAUGGACAAUGUAUUUAGUUUUAAAGAUUCCUCUAAAACUAUCAUGUGCGAUGUGGGUAGGUGUUUCCUGCAGUCUUUGAGCAAUUACUAUCGUUCUUACAAACAUGUGACGCUUAGAUCUCCCGGUGCAAUCGGGGGUACGUCGAUUAGUAAAACUACAUUUGUGCGGAAAACUUCAACUACCUUAACGAAACUUAUAUCGUCGUCCCUUGAGCCAAAAUCCGGAAGUGUUAAAAAGUCGUCAACUACCAAUGGGUCAAUGGGACCCACUAAUGUUACAGAUAAGUCGCAGCAGCGUUCUAAGGGUCGGCAGUUGAAGAUUCUAGCUCAUUUUCAGCUGCUAUCGGGGAAAUAUAUGGAUGCGUUAACGAAUUUCUCUGAGUCAGCUGCAAUAGCUCACAAGGCCCACGAUAAUUUAUGGUUGGGAAGCGCAUUGGAGGGUAUAGGUUUAUGUAUAAUCCUGUUGUCUUCCCUUUCUAUUUCUUUUAAUAUCCCAUCGAUUGUGAAUACGCUAUGUUCUGCGAAGUCUUACACCAUAGGGAACAGUAAUAACUCCACAUCACAAGUAAGUUCAGUAUCAUCAUUCAAUAAUGCAAACUCCAGUAGUCCUGCUCAAGUCCCUGUUGCAUCUCAAGCAACUGGAGCAGUCCAGGGUACAUUUAAGUCUCCUAGGAGCUCAUCGAGCAGUUUCCAUGCUUUACAGUUAAACUCUAAUGAAAUGGUAUUAGCAUUUCUAUUAAAGAGCAUACAUGAUAAAGUUCUCCACUACUUUGAGUUAUCGCUAGGUCAGAGUGUCGAAUAUACUCCGCAAGUUGUAUACUGCCAAAGUCUGUUGCGGAUGGUGAAGUUUUUGACUGAAUGUAAUAAGGGCUAUAUGACAGCUGAUCCAAUACUAAAGCCAAUUAUUCAAGCUGCAUAUCAAAAAAAUGUCCCGAAUGAAAGUAAAGAGGGCACCUUAUUUCCAAAGGUCGAAAUAUAUCAACUUUGUAGUAGGUUUUUUGAACUGCAGUUAAAGGAAUUGGAUCCAUUGACGCAGGUUAGACUCUACAUGGAACUUGCUUCGAUAUUCAAUGAUCUCUCGUUGAAAAGAAAACGUGUAUUCGUGCUAAAACUUCUGUUUACAACAAUGCUAACUAAUCUGCAACAUUUUACUUGGUCGGACGAGUUCAAGCAGCUGGCAGAAGACAUGCUGAAUACGUAUGGAAUCACCGAUUUGGAGCCUGAAUCUAAAGUACAAGAUGCAUCUGAACCUAGAUGGCUGAUACUGCAGAAGAAUGUGUUGAUGUUAUUUGUUGACAUGGCUCAUAGACUAGAUGAUAAAUCGGACCUAAUAAGGCUUUCGAUGCUGAUCCUGACCAGGUAUUCUCACAUAUUAACACAUGCGGAGCAGGAAAAGUUACUUAGAGAAUAUCUGUUAACCUCCAUUGAUGAGUCCAUGCCAUCUAACUUGAAGUAUUGGGAUCCUUUUGUUCUCAGGAUGGUCACCUUGCUACGAAUGGGAAGUAGUGCUGACCAACUUAUUAAAUUAGAGUCUGGAGUGCAGAAGUUGGCCCUCACAAAUAAUGAUCAGGUAUUUAAUCCUCUUAACCGUGCUAACUCUAAAACUUCCUUAGACCAUUCGAACACAUUCUUAGUCUCGGAAAAUGCAGAAAUUGUUUGCACAUUCCAAAAUCCAUUCAAGUUCCAUUUGGAGAUAACUUCGCUUGAACUUUGUAAGAGCGAUAGGGAAAUAAUGCAACUGCAGCCAACAGGCAUCUCAAAGGAAUCUCCAUUUAUUGUCAAGGCAGGAAGCAUGAAAUCAUUUAGUGGUACUGUUGUGUUCCAUAAGAGUACAUCAGAAGCACAUGAAAUUACACACAUGGAAAUUGGAGCAUUUAAUCUACCAUCAAGUGAGUAUCCUAUAUCAUUAUCGGAGGAGCUACUGCCCUGUGAAGUUAGCCGCGCUAAGCUAGGUAGUUGCAAAUUGACUAUUAUACAAGACCAACCGCACCUGGAAUCCCCCGUAUCCAGUUUGCCAAAUAACUCUAUCAUGAUCCCUGACGGAACAAAGAGAUCAUUUACCUUCGUAUUACACAAUACUUCUCUUUCUAGGGCGGCUGAUUAUUUACAGUUCUCUUCAGCAACCAACGUUGAAAAGUUGAUGAGGGAUAAUUAUUGGUUAUCCGUUUCUCAAGAUCAACUAUAUGACACUGAGCUACGGCUGAAGUUCCUGAAAGAGGAAUGUAUUAAAUUCAAUAACCUUCCAACUAAGAUUCUUCCCAACCAGACGGUGAAUAUUGAAGUCGAAGUUAACACUUCACUUGCGGGACUUGAUUUGGAGCAUGUAGAUAUCAUGGUCCAGUACGGGUGUAGGGAGCCUGACGGCAGCGUUGCAUACGCUAAAAGUUUGGUGAUUCCAUUUAAGAUAUCACAGCGGAGAAAUAUCGAACUUACCAGCCUUGAAAUCAUUUCCUUGCAUGACCACUUGCCCGAAUUACGUGAAGCAGAAUGGGUACAAUACCUUCAUAAUAAAAUUGCAGAAGAAAACUUAGCUCUAUCGGACUUCAGCUUGAUGUUGGUUGAUAUAAGAAAUUCAUGGACUAAUAAAGCCACUUUGGAAGUGGAAUAUAGUGACUUUAAGGUACCACAACAAGUUGUGGGCUCAUAUAAAAAUAGAAGAAUAAUAAUUCCAAUCAGGAACAUUGAGUUUAGUGCUAACUUUCAGGACCGUGAAAUACCAACGAUCGUCACAGGCCGGCAAUUUAUCCAUAGUGGUCUCCGUGAUGACCAAUUGCGGGAUCUUCGUAUCAGGUUUUGGUGCCGAGAACGCAUAUUAUCGAACUUGAAGUGCCACUGGACUAUAAAGUCGGAUUCCGGUUAUGUUAACUUCCGCUCUUUCAUGCCAAAGCUUGAACAUACUACUAUUAAUACAAUAUGCCGUUGGGCUCGGUAUCCGUAUAAACUUCAGCUAUCAACGUCUGAAUCUAAAAUUCCAGAAGGUGAUCGGUUUACCGUAGCUGCCAACGUCGAUUCCAACUAUUAUGGGAAGGAAAGCAAGACAAUAUCUAUCCAAUUCCAAUUUUUUGAGAGACGGACUGGUAAACAGAUACCCGCCAUGAAUACGGUUUUGAUCUACAAUGGCGCUUUAACACAUAGUAUUGAUCUUAAAAGUGACAAGAGUGUUAAAUUGGAUAUUGUGCCUAUUAAAAGAGGUGAGUAUGAACUGCAUGCACAUAUCCUUAACACUUCUCUUGUAGCUUAUUCCUAUGUUCACGUGAUCUGA